AUGACUUUGAUACCGACGAGCACAUCUCACUUGGAUCGCGUCCUACUGCUGGUAGGCAGCCCAGGACGGUACCACUUCCUGAUCGCCUUCUUGCUGUGCUGUAUGCAGUUCCCAGUGUCCUUCAGUGAAUAUCUUCUCGGCUUUUACACCAUAACACCCAAGCACAGAUGCAGAGCGGAGUCAAACUUGACUCUCGGAGACUACGAUCUGCGGCCCAUCGAAACAGCGAAUGGAAGAAGACAGUACUCUUCAUGUGAGCUGUAUAAAGAUCCCACGGAUCAUUCCAAAGGUACAAAGCCUUGCGAUAAUGGUUGGGAAUUCCUGGUGAAAACUGGAGAGGCUAGUGUGGUAACUGAGUGGGAACUAGUUUGUGAAAGAGAACCCUUGGCUGCACUUCUUCCUUAUGUGACUGCUGUGUCUGCGAUGCUUGGAGCUUUGACGUCUGGAAUUUUAGCGGAUAAAUAUGGACGGAAAUAUGUGCUUCUGCUUUCUCUGCUCUUUCAUACAAGCUUUGGAGUAUUUUUACACUUCCUUCCGUUAUUUGGAGUAUUUGCGACCGUUUUCAGCAUGCAAAGCUUCCUUAUUGCGGGUGUACAAUGUACAUCAUACUUAAUGUUGAUGGAAAAUUUGCCUACCAAAUGGCACGGCAAAGCAGCUCUCGCCAUUGCUGUUUUUCAGUGCUGCGGACAAUUAAUAUUGGCAACUCUAGCAUGGCUCAUUAGGCACUGGAGAUACAUCCAACUUGUGAUAUCAGCGCCUGGAGUAGUAGUCAUUGGAUAUUUCUGGCUACUUCCCCGCUCUCUCGCCUGGCUCGUGGUCGAGAACCGGCAACACUCUGCCCAACUGCAGCUGGCCAGAUUCGCCAACGAUCCCUCACUGUCUCUGGUCCCCAGCCUGAAGAUGCAAUUGCUGAAAUCGUGCCGGGUCGCCCUUUCCAUGCCCGGUGGAUACGCAACCAGGCACGGCUUCGAAACAAUCAUCUGCUCCGCGAGGCUUCGAGCCCUCGCCUUUACACAGUACUACCUCUGGUUUGUGGUUUUCCUGAUAUCUAAAUGUCCUGUGGAAGAUUUACCAGUUUUAAAAGAAAAUCCAUUCUCUCGGUUGUUCAUUCACGGAGUUUUAGAGCUGUCGUUCGUUAUUCUAAUGUUUCUUGCUUCGAACAGUGCUGGCUUAAAACUUACUCAAGCAACAUCUCUUUCGAUUUGUGGUAUCUGCUGCAUGUUUUCUGCUAUCGUGAGUCAUCAAGUUGUCCAAAUGAGAUUUCGAUUUGUUUCAGAAAGAAAUCUUCAUCAUUUCGCACCAGUCUUUGCUUUGUUGGGAAAAUGUGUUGCUAAAGCGUCGUGUAUGACAUUGUGGAUUCAUGCCGUGAAGACAUUUCCUACCGGAGUGAGGGGCUUAGGAUUGGGCUCUUGCAUGUUUUGGGGUGGAGUCGCUCAUCUCUUUAUUCCUGAUAUAGAAAUGUUGGGAAACCAUUCCCGGCUCACAGUAUUAGCAAUCGGAGGUGCACUAAACUUCAUCGGUGCCAUUUUGACGUCAUGGUUUUUCCCAGAUUGCACAGAGCGUCCUCUUGCCACCAUAGCCGAGGAAGUUGAGAUCGGACGCUCCAAGAUCAUCAACGACAGCGAUCUCGACUUCCGGGACACUUCCAUUACUUCUGGAUUCGUCCCAAACAUCACCACAGAAGACGUAGAGGAGUCGGCGUCCCGUUCUACCGACAGCCUGAACGACACGCCAACCAUGAAUGUUGGUCUCUUGCGACGCUUGGCGACUCUUGUCCAGCUCAAGACUCAGAGUUUACUGCGUCCAUCGGUAGGGCCGAUUUCAAUGCACUUGAGUACGUCCAAGCAACUGGCACCAAUCAGUGUCGUGAUGGGCAGCGAUGUGUUUGAACCAGUUACUGGUUUCGUCUUCAAAUGGGACAAAGCAGAACCAGCGGUGAAGAUAUCAGAUUUUGAGAAAGAGAUGUCUGCUUACUGGAAACCAAACAGUGAUCCCAAUGAGAAGGAACUCAACGACAGACAUUUAAAUACUUUGAAUAUGUUGUACAACAUUCAGAGUAGUGAUAUUCAGAGUAAUGAUGCGAUUAGAGAAGAAGAAAACCUUAACGAAGAGGAAUGUCUGUGUAAUUCUGAGCCAAGUACAGACAGCAACAGUAAUCUUUAA